GUGGCCCCCGUCAUCAGACCGACUGCCUCCUCUCCGCCGCCCCCCCACCCCAGCCCGGCGGCCCCUCCCGCAAGAGCAGCAGCCCUGCCUGCACGGAGUGGGGAGCCGCGGGGAGCUGCAGCUGCGGCGACUAGCCCCGGGGGGCGUCGAGCAUCGCCGGAGAGCCGGCGGGGGCGGCGGAGGUGGGGGGGGGGGCAGCCGAGCGCCCCCACCGCCGGCGGCCGGGGAAGGAGGCGGGCGAGGGCGAUAGCGAGGGCGGCCGCCUCUCGCCUCCGCUCUCCCGGCCGGGUCCAAGCGGCGAGGGAAGAUUCAGCACCUGGACAGCUCCCAGAUCGCUGUAGAUGAGAUGGUGGAUUGGGCCCCUUGCUGGGAAAUGCAAGCCUCACUCAUCAUGGAUACAGCUCCAGACAGGGUGGUGGCAGUAAGAGCGGAGGGGAUGGUAAGCCAGAGGAUACACUGGGAAGCUGGCAAUCCUAUCCACAGCUCUGGAAAAAAUUGAAGUUACUCAUUUCGGGAGUGACUCAUUUUGAUCCACUUCUCUGCCACGUCGAGGCGGACGCCCAGCCGGUUCUGUAACUGCUGAGGUUUUGGAUGCAUUGCUGACAGAAAGCCCAUAAACGGAUUAUCUGUGGUCCGCUGUGGAACUAUUCCUGUGUGAAAAGCCUGUGGUGAAAAGGCCAAUGGAAUCCAAGAAAAGGAAUCAGAAGUGAAAGAAAGAGAGGUUUCCCAGAAGUACUUAUACAGGUAUGGAGGGUAGCCCCAGGAAAACAGUUCAGGGCCUAGGGGGGUCCAGUGGAGUAUUUGUCUGAGACUUUUGCAUGUGAGAAACUCACCUCACAGACAGCAAAGCCUCUCGGAUUAAUGACUGCGCCAGCUGCAUUCCAGUUCUGAGUCACUAUAGCCUGAGGGUAUCCCAUGAAAUAUCAAGCUCAUCUGUCAUUGCUUCACUAGGACUUUUUUUCUUCUUCCUGAGUUCCUUGGAGAAAGGGAAGGAUUAAAAAAACCGCUUCCCAAAUAAAUAAGGGACAAACCUGUCACCCACCAGGUGGUACUCCAUUAGUAAUGAAUGCAGCGCUGCCCUUGUAGUAACACCUUGUUGUAAUUGGAGGCCAGAAUACGAGAGAGAGAGAGAGGAGUUCCAUCAUCCCACCAUGGUGCUUCCGCCUCCGGACAAACGUCACGUGUGUCUCACCACUAUUGUCAUCAUGACCAGCAUGGCCUUCAUGGACGCCUAUCUGGUGGAACAGAACCAAGGGCCUCGUAAAAUUGGCGUCUGCAUCAUCGUGCUGGUGGGAGAUAUCUGCUUUCUGAUCGUGCUGCGCUACGUGGCUGUGUGGGUGGGGGCCGAGGUGAAGACGGCAAAGCGUGGCUAUGCAAUGAUCCUCUGGUUCCUCUACAUCUUUGUGCUGGAGAUAAAACUGUAUUUUAUAUUCCAGAAUUACAAGGCCGAUAAGAGAAAUCUGGAAACGGUGGCCAGGAAGGCUCUGACCUUGCUGCUGUCCAUCUGUGUGCCGGGAUUAUACCUGGUGCUAGUGGCAUUGGAUAGCAUGGAGUACAUACGCACCUUCCGGAAGAAAGAGGAUUUGCGGGGGCGCCUCUUCUGGGUAGCCCUGGAUCUCCUGGAUAUCUUAGACAUUCAAGCCAACCUGUGGGAACCGCACAAAACUGGGCUGCCGAUCUGGGCGGAAGGACUCAUGUUCUUCUACUGCUACAUCCUGCUCCUCAUCCUUCCUUGUGUUUCUCUCAGUGAGAUCAGCAUGCAAGGGGAGCACAUUGCGCCCCAGAAAAUGAUGCUCUACCCUGUCCUGAGCCUGGUGACCAUCAACAUCGUCACCAUCUUCAUCCGGGCCAUCAACAUGGUCUUGUUCCAGGACAGCCGGGUCUCCACCAUCUUUAUCGGCAAGAACAUCAUCGCCAUCGCCACCAAAGCCUGCACUUUCCUCGAGUACAAGAAGCAGGUGAAAGAGUUCCCACAAAACGCCAUUGCGCUCGAGCUGCAGCAGAACUCGGUUUCCCACAACCAGACUGUCCACAGUACGCAAGGCAUUGCUCACGAGCCCUCGCCUACCAGAGAGAUCUUGGACACAUGACGGGGUCCCGCGGACACCCGUGCUUGCUGACAUUUCCUUGGGUGAGGGUAAGGGGGCAGGAGAGGGGAUUCUGCUCUCAUCCCAGCACAGAGAGCUGCACUUGGGCACAAGAUUUUGAUCAAAAAGGUGACAUGUCCCCUGCAUCUCAGGUAUUUCCUAGGGGCCCUCUAGAAACAAAACAAAACCAAAUGAACCUUCGGAGAAGAACCGUGCCCCAGAAUCUUAUCUUUUAUACCUGUUCCUUGUGCUUCAAUAAGACAGGAACGGCCAUUUUUUGUUAGAAGAGUCUUUUUUAAAAUAGGGGUGUGGGAUAGGCAGGGGUAGGGGGUGGGACGAUCCGGACACGAGCUUGAACCAGUGAACCCUGCGACCGUCCACGUCCUACUGAAAAUGGCUGUGUUUACAGGUUUCUGGAUAUUUUUUAAAAAGAAAACUCAACUUGUUUAAUCAUUGCUAGGAAUUCUGGGUGAAUUUUGAUGAUUUUUUUAGAAAAAGAAACUUUACCAUUCAAUCCCUGGACUGUUCUCUUUAACGGCACUCAGCAAGCCCCAGCAAACAGGUUGGGAAAUCGGUAGCUCCAAAUAGUCCCACUGUGGUGGUGGGAAAAUAGUCCCACUGGGGAAAGCCUUUGACAAGCUCACGUUUAGAGUCUCUCUGGUGCUUUAUCACACGAUUCAGAACCGUCUUUCUAUGUUUAAAAGAGUCUCUUUUCCUCUCAUUUCUGCAACACCAACCCUGGUUGCCUGAGAGGAGAGGAUGAGGAAAGGGCAGCUGCGAAGAGCGGUUAUGAGUAGAACUUGUGGCUGUUGGGUUAACGCAGAUUCAUUUCAUUCCAGCAAUAGCUGAAAUUAUAAGGAGACUGCUUUGCUGUAACCCAGGAAAUUGCAAACGCAGGGGCUGGGACCUUCAGGUGGGUCAUGAAACCCCUUCAACAGGUUCAUGAGUGCCAAACUUUUCUGUUGCCUUUAGGAAGGACCUGCUAUGCUACCUGCCUCUCUUUGCCUGCAUGCUAAAAAGAGGAGUGGAAAAGCAAAGUGAAGUUUCUCAGUGGUGGGGAGGGGGAAGAGAUCCUCUAUCGGUCUGACCCUGGCUUGGUCCUUGCUAUGGUACAUCUCCUGGAGCUUGGCUUGUGUUUCUCAUCCCCAGUUCUUUUAGAUCUAUUUCCCUUGGUUCCUGGCCUUGUCACUGGUGAGGUCAUAUCCUAUCACAUGACUCUGAUGGCGUGUGACUUCCUUGCUAGUCCCAUGCUCAGUAGAUUGAGGGGUUUGAAAGGGUGAAGGUAGUUGCUGUGAUCUACAUAAUGAUUUGGAUAGGUCAGUCCAUGUGUGCAGUUCAUGGGAGCUGCUGGGUGAAAGGAGUGAGGAGCAGCCAGAUGUAAGCAUUAAAAUGCCCUCAGGAAAUUAUUCCUGCCGGGUGGACUGGUAGGUUAAGGUUCCCAACACAGUCUCAGCAAAUGGUAGGGGAUAUCCCAACAGAAGUCAGUUUCAGGUAAACAGCUCCAGGUUAACUCAGCCUUCUGUCCUUCCAAGGUUGGUAAAAUGAGAACCCAGCUUGCUGGGGGUAAAAUGUAGAUGACUGGGGAAGGCAAUGGCAAACCAGCCCAUAAACACAGUCUGCCUGGUAUGGUAAACAACGUGAUGUGACAUCAUCCCAUGGGUCAGAACUGACCUGGUACUUGCACAGUACUUCACCUGGUACCUUACCUUUUUAAAAAAAGGGGGUGAAUACAACAAAAAUGUGGACAGAGUUGGCAUGUCCGCAAUUCCCACUUUGUGAUCUUCUCCCAUUGCUGCAUCAUGUGCUUGCUCCUGAUCAUCCCAUGCACCACAAGCACUCCAACAACAGCUGUAACUAAUCAUCUUUGGGGGCUGACGGACAAUAUUCCCAUAACUUCCUCCCUACUUUCAUAAACUGGAAGGCUCAAUGCGCGUUGCCCUCAGCUACAAAGGAUAAUGGAUCCGGUUUGGAUUCCUGCUGCCAUCACCUCAUGAUCAGGAUCCCAGACUAUUCAGCCUGGUUUUUAGUGUGUGUCAUAAAGCUCAGCCUCACAACAAGGAUCUAACAGUGAUGUGCGUGCAUUACUAAACAACUGCAUGUUCCGUCCUUUAAGAGCCAAGUUUUGCGUUUCAUGAGAGAAAGAGAAAGGUCAAGAAAGACAAUGCACGUGAGACAUAGUGCAUUUUCAUGUUCCUCCUUUCUAGAAGAGAAGAAGAGUUUGGAUUUAUAUCCCCCCCUUUCUCUCCUGUAGGAGACUAAAGGGGCUUUAGAAUCUCCUUGCUCUUUCACCUCACAAGAAACACCCUGUGAGGCGGGUGGGGCUGAGAGAGCUCAGAAAAGCAGUGACUAGCCCAAGGUCACCCAGCUGGCGUGUGUGGGAGUGCACAGGCUAAUCUGAAUUCCCCAGAUGAGCCUCCGCAGCUCAGGCGGCAGAGCGGGGAAUCAAACCUGGUUCCUCCAGAUCAGAAUUCACCUGCUUUUAACCACUACGCCACUGCUGCUCCUAGCAGGCAAUGCUUAGUUUUGCCUGGGUUACCUCAUUCCAGAUAGGGAAGGGAGAGGGCCCUGAAGUCCUUUUGUAGAGGACAAGCUCAGUCUUUCUGUUCUAUGAUCCAGCCAUUCUCAUCUAAAUCACUGGAAAAGAAGGAUUGUGAAGAGAUGCGGGGAGGGCACACUCUGAAGUCUUCAAGAGAACCUAGGUAACUCUCUGGAGGGAAUAGCACGGAGUAUUGUUUUAGGGGAUUUGGUAUGCAAAGGUAGUCCACUAGGUCAUUGCCCCACCCCUGCUCCACACGGCCCUUCCUUGAACAUCCCUCCAAACUUGCUACUCUCAGGCUCAAGAAGGAGAACAUCUUGGGGUCUUCAAGCCAUUGGCCACUUCUGAAUUGAAGGUAUGUCAAAGUGCUGAGCUUUCUUCCUAGCCAAAAGGCAACGCGUUCGGAUUAUUUUGUCCCCUACCCACAGAGGGACACCAGUCCAGUAGGGAGCUUGGUCAUAGCACUGGGCGUAUGGUUCUUAAUUUGUUUAAAGAGAAUUCUGUUUUAUGUAAUAAAUGGUUCUGGACACCCACCAGGAAGUUCUG